CGUGUGGGUGAAACCGCAUUUUCCGGUUUUCCCUAAUGCUGAGUCUUGGAAGAAUUCGGGUUUAGUAUCUGUUGUUUACGAUUUGGAUUACAACUAAAACAAUGGAGGCUAUUAAUCGUUACAAAGUAUCGUUUUGUGGUACGUUUGACAUGAAUUGAUCAUUUGUUUCGCGCGCAGCAACAGAUUAUCAAAGAUAAGAAGACGAUCGGCGAUCUUUCAUCGCAAAAGGCAACUUGAUCUGGGGUGUGCACGCGUUCUGGAGGCUGUUUUUCGGAUUUGUUGUGAGGUUUUCAUUGUCAACUUUGUUUAAAUCUCGGAACCAACAUGCCACAGACAACUCCAUAUUCAGGCAAAUUCAGCCCUGGUUCUUACAACAGCGGUCAUAGUCAUCGACAACCAGUGGAAGAAAACUAUGGGGGUUUGCACUACCGUGAUAAUAAGCUUGUGUCUGGGUCUCUAGAAGCCUUGGUACAGUUACUUGUCCCUACUGUGGACUAUUAUCCUGAUAGAUCUUACAUCUUCACUUUCCUGCUAAGUUCCCGCCUCUUUCUGCAUCCGUUUGAACUCGUGUCCCGAGUUUGUUACUUAUGUGUGGACCAUCACAGGGUCGGUGACCCGCAGACAGAUAAGAAACGAAUACGAGAGAUUGCACCGAAAAUUGUGCAGCUGCUCACGGAAUGGACGGAGACCUUUCCAUACGACUUCAGAGACGAGCGUAUGAUGCGCAGCCUAAAAGAGAUGACCCAUCGUCUUGCUUUUGGAGAUGAGCUGUCACGGAGGGCCAUGCAGAGACUCAUUCAGCGGCUCUUGCGCAAACUGACCACUCUCGGACAGUACGAAGAGUCGCUGGCAACCAUCAGCGCCGCCGCCGCUGCUGUGGACAGACCCACCGCCUUGAAGUCCAAACAGCAGUUAGCACGUAGAGAUGAGUGCGUUAUGAAUCUCUGCGACGACCCUUUCGUCUUCGCCCAGCAACUAACACACAUUGAAAUGGAAAAGCUCAGUUAUAUUGGCCCUGAAGAAUUUGUUCGAGCAUUUGUUCAGAAAAGACCCUCAGACAACCAUAAGAGCUUCUUCAGCAAAAGAAAAGUGAAUAACCUUGAGGCUUAUGUUGAAUGGUUCAACAGACUAACCUACCUUGUAGCCACAGAAAUUUGCAUGCCUGUGAAGAAGAAACACAGAGCGAGGGUUUUGGAGUUCUUCAUAGAUGUGGCACAGGAAUGCUUCAACAUUGGCAACUUUAACUCCCUGAUGGCCAUUAUUACGGGAAUGAACAUGAACCCUGUAUCCCGGCUAAAGAAGACCUGGAACAAAGUCAACACAGACAAAUUUGACAUUCUUGUGCACCAAAUGGACCCAUCAAGCAACUUUUACAGCUACCGCACAGCACUGCGUGGAGCGACUCAGAGAUCAAGUACAGCACACACGAGCCAGGAAAUGAUUGUUAUCCCAUUCUUCAGUUUGUUUAUUAAAGACAUCUACUUCCUGAAUGAAGGAUGUGUCAAUAGAUUACCUAAUGGCCACAUCAAUUUUGAGAAAUUUUGGGAGUUGGCUAAACAAGUGAGCGAGUUUCUGUCGUGGAGGCAGGUGAUAUGUCCAUUCGAAAGAGACAAGAAGUUACUUCACUAUCUCAUCAGUGUGCCGGUAUUCACUGAAGAUGAGCUCCAGCUUGCUUCAUAUGAGAGUGAAGGUCCAGAAAACAACUUGGAGAGGGACACCCGCCGUUCCCUUAGGACAUCUCUCAGUAGAAUGUAAAUGGCAGCUUUGGGAGCGUGUCCUGACAGAAGGACUCUUGGCACUAAAGACUUUGAAGGACUUUUGUAAUCAUGGUAUUUUUGUUGUUGUUAAACCUGAGGCUGGAUUCUCAUUGUGACAGUAACGCUAUGCUAAAGGAAAUGUAUUCAUCUCAUGUACCUCAAGUACCUUAAUGAAAUGCUAUAAACCUCCUGGGUGAAUUAAGAGCAGUUCGCUGGCUGAUCUGUUCUUUUAUGUGUUUUUCUGUUAUUUUUGAUGUUGGUAGUUGGUAUUGUUUUUGUGUACUGAACAUAUUUGUUACAAUAUGAAAAUAUAUUUUUGUGUAUAAUAGUUUUAUGUUGUAUAAGUGUACAUGUUUCCCUAUAAAGACAUUUCUCAGCUAA